AUAAGCAACAGCGAUGAUUAUUAUGCUUCCUAUUGUGCAGCUCAGGGACCAGAACCAGCCCUGAUGUGGUGCUAUUAUACCAACAUUGCUGCACAGGAGUAAAAAUACAUGGGAACUUAGCAUAAAAUUAAGGAUUUUCAAAUGUAGAUCAAUUAUCUGAAUCAUUAAGUUUUAAAUACUUGGUUUUUGGUUUGAAGGGCUCAUGAAAUCAGCUCACCAGAAGUUUGUUCUAACCUUUGUGAAGCAGGCAUCCGAACAUGAUUGCACCGAGGUCAUAAAAGGAUGGACAGGGUCAACAACAAUAACCAGGAAACCCACACCGGGUGUCACUCCUGCUGCUAUCACCAUCUGCAUCAAGACUUGACGUAUCGUGCAUUCAGAGAUGCUCUUCUGCACAUCUUGGAUGUAAUGAGUGGUUAUUUGGGUUACUCAGUUUUCCUCACUUCAAAGCAGUCUGGCCAUUUUCCUCUGAUGUCAACAAGAGCUCCUGGAUCCCCAUCCUCCGUGUAUUUGACGGACAUCACACACUUGAGUUACCAUGGCGACAGGACCCCGUGCAUAAAAGAAAGUCAGCCUCGUCUCCCUUUGACAGACAGGACUGGAUUUCAGCCACUGCAGCAGCAGCAACACCAGCAGCAGCGACCGAUGCUUCUGAACUCCUCUGAUGGAAACUGGACCACCUCCGCCUUCACCUCCAAACUGACCCCAGCUGCUGACAUAUGCGUGGGACUGGCCAUCUUCUCCAUCGCUCUGCUCUCUGUAAUGGGGAAUGGGCUGGUGCUGGUGAUCUGUUACCUCAGGAGGAAGAAGAUGGUGGGCUCGGAGCUGCUGUGCGUCAACCUGGCUGUUGUCGACUUCCUCUGCUGCAUCUGCUUCUACCCGCUCGCCAUCCUGUCCUCCUUCCACCACGCCUGGCUGGGAGAAAACGUCACGUGCGUUUACUACGGCUUCGGCUGCUACACCUUCGGCUUGUGCAGCAUGUUCACCGUCGCUGCCAUCAGCAUCCUCCGCUACCUAAAGACCUGCUACACCUUGUCUUACGCUGUGCGGCUGAAAGGAACCAACAUCCGCCUCUUGUGCUGUGCUAUCUGGCUGGUUGCUACAGUGUGGUCCAGCUUCCCUCUGUUCGGCUGGGGCGAGUACAUCCCCGAGCCUUACGGACUGUCUUGCACAAUCGCCUGGCGGGGUUAUCACACCUCCACCAAGGAUGCCUUCUAUGUCAUCUGCUCCUUUGCCUGCUUCACGCUGGUUCCCAUCCUCCUCAUUGUGGUGUCGCAGUGCAGGAUCCUCUACAAGGUGUCCCGCUUCUCCUACUCGCUGUCUGCUAGGGGCAUCCGCAACAACCUGCACCGCGCUGAGAAGCGGCUCUCCAUGAUGUUUUUCUGCAUCAGUUUGGGUUUUGUAAUUGCCUGGGCCCCCUACGCUGUCGUGUCCUUCCUUUUUAUUUUCCACAAGGAGCACCAGUACAUGGCUCUAGAGGGUUUCGUGUUGCCCGCCCUCUUCGCCAAAAGCUCCCACAUCUACAACCCAUUCAUCUACUUCUACUUCAACAAGACUUUCCAGCGGGAGCUCCACCGGCUGCUUCUCUCAACCUACCACAAGCUGGGAGGAAACCGAGUCGGGGUCCACGUUACCACAGCCCAUCAGGCCCCAAACCCCAUCCAUAUUCAGCUCCAGGAACAAGGAUCCAGCCAAAAGAAUAAAUUGGGCUCGUCUCAGGAUGGAACUCAAAGCAAACGCAAAGUACUGCAGAGCAGCAACAACCACAACAGGCUGGUGUACACCUGCUGGGGCUCCACAUCAAAGAAAGCCUCCACCAUCUCCAAUAAUAAACCUGCCAGGGCCUCCAUGCCUAUCUCUAUAUAAACAAAUUAAUUAGGAGUCAUUGCACUAAUGUUUGAGAAAUUGCUGACUUCAUCAUGUAUCCCAACAACCAUUAGUCUAACCCACGUGGGCCAGGGUACCGCGUAGUGUUGCAUUUGAGUUCACCGAGAUGAGCAGUUCACAUAUUUGGGCUAAUUCUGUGUUGCCAGUGUUUCCCCUGCAGUCGCUGCAGCCUGCACCACUCUGUGUGUGUUGGGGAAGUUUUACAGUAAGAAACUUUUACCAAAUGUCAUCAUCUAUGUGGUCUUAACUCAUCGUAAAGAAAGCUGAAGAGGUAAAAACCACAUUAAACUGUAUAGAUUUUUUUUUUUUUUUUUGCUAUUUUGUCUCUUGUUUCUUGACUCAUGUUAUUUGGAUGAGCAGCUCUUGAGAAAAGCUGCGACCAGUCCUGCCCGUUCUUGAACACACACUCACGCACAAUCAGUGAAUGUAUCUUUGCC